GCGGUCCCGACGGGCCGGAGGAGGAGGGGCGCCGGUGACGCUGCGGGAGCCGCUGCCAGCGCCGGACGGAGUCGGCGGCCGGGCGGAGGACAGGCAGGCCGACCCUCGGACGCAGCCCCGGGCCGAGCCGCGGGCUUCCUGGCGAGGCCGGGCGCCGCGAGCCCCGGCGGGAAGAUGUUCAACGUGGAGUCCCUGGAGCGGGUGGAGCUGUGCGAGAGCCUCCUCACUUGGAUCCAGACAUUUAGUGUGGAUGCACCAUGCCAGACCGUGGAAGAUUUAACGAAUGGGGUUGUGAUGGCCCAGGUUCUCCAAAAGAUAGAUCCAGCAUAUUUUGACGAAAAUUGGCUAAACAGAAUCAAAACUGAAGUAGGAGAUAAUUGGAGGCUAAAGAUAAGCAAUUUAAAGAAAAUUUUGAAAGGAAUCUUGGAUUACAAUCAUGAGAUUUUAGGGCAGCAAAUUAAUGACUUUACCCUCCCUGAUGUGAACCUUGUUGGGGAGCAUUCUGAUGCCGCAGAGCUGGGAAGGAUGCUCCAACUCAUUUUAGGCUGUGCUGUGAACUGUGAACAGAAGCAAGAGUACAUCCAAGCCAUCAUGAUGAUGGAGGAAUCUGUCCAACACGUUGUCAUGACAGCCAUCCAGGAGCUGAUGAGUAAAGAGUCUCCUGUCUCUGCCGGGAAUGAUGCCUAUGUUGACCUUGAUCGCCAGCUGAAGAAAACUUCAGAGGAACUGAAUGAAGCUUUGUCGGCCAAGGAAGAAAUUGCUCAAAGGUGCCAUGAGUUGGAUCUGCAGGUUGCAGCAUUGCAAGAGGAGAAAAGUAGUCUGUUGGCAGAGAAUCAGGUAUUAAUGGAAAGGCUGAAUCAGUCUGAUUCUAUAGAAGAUCCUAACAGUCCAGCAGGAAGAAGGCAUCUGCAGCUCCAGACUCAGUUAGAACAGCUCCAAGAAGAAACAUUCAGACUUGAAGCAGCCAAAGAUGACUAUCGAAUACGCUGUGAAGAGUUACAGAAGGAGAUGUCUGAACUUCGGCAGCAGAACGAUGAACUGACCACUUUGGCAGAUGAUGCUCAGUCUCUAAAAGAUGAAAUAGAUGUUCUUAGACAUUCUUCUGAUAAAGUGUCUAAACUAGAAGGCCAAGUGGAAUCAUAUAAAAAGAAGCUAGAAGAUCUUGGUGAUUUGAGGCGGCAGGUUAAACUCUUAGAAGAGAAGAAUACUAUGUAUAUGCAGAACACAGUUAGCCUAGAGGAGGAGCUGAGAAAAGCCAACGCAGCUCGAAGUCAACUCGAGACGUAUAAGAGACAGGUAGUAGAACUGCAAAAUAGAUUAUCUGAAGAAUCGAAGAAAGCAGAUAAAUUAGAUUUUGAAUAUAAGCGGCUAAAAGAAAAAGUUGACAGUCUUCAAAAAGAAAAGGAUAGGUUAAGAACAGAAAGGGAUUCUCUGAAGGAAACCAUCGAAGAGCUUCGUUGUGUUCAGGCUCAAGAAGGGCAGCUCACAACUCAAGGGUUAAUGCCUCUGGGAAGUCAGGAAUCUUCAGAUAGUCUGGCAGCAGAGAUCGUCACACCUGAAAUCAGGGAGAAACUUAUUCGUCUUCAGCAUGAGAAUAAGAUGUUAAAAAUUAACCAGGAGGGUUCAGACAAUGAAAAAAUCGCCUUAUUGCAGAGCCUUCUAGAUGAUGCCAGCCUACGCAAGAAUGAACUGGAGACAGAGAACAGGCUGGUGAAUCAAAGACUUCUGGAAGUACAGUCACAAGUCGAAGAAUUGCAAAAAUCUUUACAGGAUCAAGGCUCAAAGGCAGAAGAUUCAGUUCUUCUAAAAAAGAAGCUUGAAGAACAUCUAGAGAAGCUGCAUGAGGCCAAUAAUGAGCUGCAGAAGAAGAGAGCCAUCAUCGAGGACCUUGAGCCGAGAUUUAACAACAGCUCCUUAAAAAUUGAAGAAUUACAAGAAGCUUUACGGAAGAAAGAAGAGGAAAUGAAGCAAAUGGAAGAAAGAUAUAAAAAAUACUUAGAGAAAGCCAAAAGUGUUAUCCGUACUUUAGAUCCUAAACAAAAUCAAGGAGCAGCACCAGAAAUACAAGCUCUUAAAAAUCAGCUCCACGAACGGGAUCGGCAGUUCCAUUCAUUGGAGAAAGAAUAUGAGAAAACAAAGAGUCAAAGAGAGAUGGAGGAGAAAUAUAUUGUUAGUGCCUGGUACAAUAUGGGAAUGACUCUACAUAAAAAGGCGGCAGAAGACAGACUUGCUAGUACAGGUUCGGGGCAGUCAUUCCUGGCGAGGCAGAGACAAGCCACCAGCACGAGAAGGUCUUACCCGGGCCACGUCCAGCCAGCCACAGCAAGAAACCGUACUUGAAGAAAGGUAUUAGAAUAUACACAGAAAUGACUCCAUGCAUUGUGCUAAUUUUUUACAUUAAGUACAGAAGUCUGAGCUCAGUGUGAGUGCUUCUGCCUGGUAAGAAGAAAAGCAGGAAGACUUAGUAGUAAUGGAGAGAACCAGCGAGUGGAAUGCAUCGUGGGGUUUCAGGAGGGCAAGCAGACCUAAUCAACAUAGAAAGUUUUGACAAUGAAAGAUUAAAAAUGAUUUAAGAUGGGUAACCCUCCGCCACCUCCACCCCUCCCCGUCCCUUUAUUUCACAAAUCAGAGUAAGGAUCCAACAGUUUUAAAACAGAGCAUGAACACUAACCUUGGUAAAAUUAAAAUUAUUGGGAAAUAUACCUGCAAAAUAAGAUAGAUGAAAAUCAGAGUCCAUGAGCUGUUUAUUAAAUGGAUUAUAUCCCAUGAGAGAAGAGGUUUUAAUUUUAGCUCUCUAUUUACUGUCCCAGCCCUGGUCUCCUACCCACCCCCCUGCUCAGAUAUGUUUCUCUAAAUGGGAGAGGAAAGUGCCAAGCUUUUAGAAGGAAGUUUUCCAUCUUAUUUUUCUUCAGCAUGCCGUUAUUUUGGUGUUUACGUUUGUAAGUUUCACUCACCUUUACAGUAUCUUUAAAUUUUAGUAUAUUGCUUUCGUUCCAUAGCAGAAACUUUAUUUCUAAACAUUCUGUGAUUUUUUAAAAAAAUCAGGAAUAGAACUUUGCUGUCCCAGUGAGGACCCCGUUUCCUUUGCUCAGCUUUGGACAGGAUUUUUAAAUUUCUCUUUCUCUGGUGAUGACGCUGGGCACACUGUGGAGUCAGCACGGAGUUACUGCGCUAAGGUUGGGGUUGAGCCAUCACCCCCUGUCUGAGUUCUUGUGAACAGAAAGCUUAUUUUCUGUUUUCCCUCUAACCAGGGUGAGAAAAUACAGAGUUAAUAACUAAAGACUACAAAAGCAUGAAAUUUAUAUUCUGUAGUGUGUAUUUAAGAAGUUUGUAAUGGGGAAAAAAAAUCCAGCAAAUAUAGUUUACCGCAUCUUAAAAAGAGAGUAAAUAAUACAGCUGUACGUUUCUUAAAAGAACUUGCAGAAACCCGAUCAUACCUUUUUUAGUAGUUGUCUGAUUAUUUAAUAAUAACUAAGAAAAAGAAGUCCCAAAACAAAGGCUCCAUUUUCUAAAAUUGAUCAGCAUUGAAUUAUUUCUGUUUGAUGGCCCAGCCUGGUAAAAUUGGCUAACAAGAUGAUUCAUUAUAAUAAGGAUAAUACUGUCUGCUGUUAUUUUGUUACGGUCUUACUGCUUUGUCUGUAUGAUAAAAGCUCAGUUGUACAAACUUGAGCUAAAUGUUUCCAGUCAGAAACAUCAGCCCAUAUAUAUCAGCGGUCUUCAGCAAGGCGUGAAAACCGGUGCUGUGCAAACAAACCAGCAGUAAGUGAUUGUGAGGGGAAGGGGGAUUUAGGUUGAAGAAAAGGUGCAUUUUAUUUUUGAGCUAUUUUACUCACACUUCCUUUUCAACUGCAGUUUUAUUUAUUCAUAUCUAAUGAUAUGAAAUAUUUUGUAGUGUCUCUUGCUCUCCGACAAGCAUUCAUCUUUUAAAGAUAACACCGUGUUGAAAACUUGAAAAUCUUUAUUCUGAUAUAAGAAUUUUCUUGAAAUAAAAUUCUAAAUUUUUGAAUUUAUCCUAACUCCCUGCAUUUAAUCUCCAGUGGUCCAGAUCUCAGACUCCAGGAGUGUUACACUUUUCCCCAGUUGGAACACAUGAGGUUUAUCUGAAAAAGUGUCCACAACCCACAGAUAGUGUAAACCUAGUUAGUUUACAGCUACCGGGAUAAGAACCUGUGAUCCUAAAGGGAGAGGAAGGUGCUUGGCAUCUUGCUUUUUGCUAGGGGCAAAAUAACAACAUGCUUCUUGUUAUCUGUUCAUUAAACUAUGGGAGCAUGUUUUGACUUUUUAUCCUUAUAUUACAAAGUGACUCUUUGCCUAGAAAUGGCUGUUGAACUGAUGUAGGAUUGUACUCCUUAACAGUGAGCAGGAGUCCUACCCUUACAGGUAGGAAGGACUGUACAGAACAAAAUAAGAUGGGAUCUCAGAAUCUUUGAAAAUUAUUUUAGCAUGUUUUUAAAUUUUUCCCCUUUUAUAUGUUAAAAGGGUUUUUCCGUUCAAUAAUGAUAAUCUCUUUUCCUAUAGUCCCAACUGUCAAAAUGGCAGCUUAUUUUAGUAGAUGUGCAACCCAGUUUCACUACAUUUAGAAAGCAGUUUCAGAGCUUAUUCUUUGUAACUAUAAUGAUUCGAAUAUUUUGUAUCAUGAAGUUUUUAUAUGAGGGAGGCCAUUCUCAAUGUAUCUGUCAUCCAGUUUUUUACUUUGUAUAAAGCAUAUUUAAAUAAUUGGUGUAUGUUUAUUUUAUGGAAAAAUUUGAAAAUAUUUUAGUGUCCAAUUUAAGCAAGAUAAUUUUAUUGUUCUAAAGUUGUGCAAUAAAUACUGUUUCUUUCUCAGAAGCCUAAAAAACAUAAAAUAAUUUGCUACUGACACAGCUAAUUUCUGCCCCUCCCCAUCCCCCUAAAUCACGGAAGUAUCAACAUUUAUCUCCCUUUUUAUAAAAUGAAGAACGGCACAAAUAUGAUGACAUCCAUCUCUUUUAAAUCACUGAUUAUGUUCUUGGAAAAUACAUACUGAUAAUUUUGUUUUUAAACAGCCUUUUAUCAAUCCAAUUCCCAUGUAUUUAUAAAUAUAAAAACUUUAAAACUUAUAUUUAAUGUUAUCUUGAAGUAUGCUUGAAUUCUUCACACUGCACUUAAAAUGAUAGAGAAAGGGACAUUAGUUUAUUUGAGAAAUAAGAGACCCGAACCUAAUUAUGGCAAGUAUAUGAGUUUUAGCAGUUGCGGUCUAUGGAUGUUUCCUGACAAUUCUAUUUCAGCAAUUAUGUCUCUCUUCAGUAUUUUUCUGCUUUCUAACAUUUUCCAAUAAUAUUCUGUGAGACAGGUUUGUAUGCUGUAUAUAAGUGAACAUAGAAAUCGGAAAGUAACCGAAGGCUGUCAAGGCAGAUCCAUUCCUAGUGAGUAGAAUCGAUUAUCGGAAAAAGAAGAGGCCUAAUUUUGAACAAAUAUCCAGGCAGAUAGAAGUGCUAACACUAUUAAACCUAUACUUGUCUUAACAAAUGUUCCUAAAGUAAUAGUUUGCAUAAAAUCUCCUGAUUUUAUUACAUGAUCAUUCAAUAAGAAAGAGUAGACAAAAAAUAACUUAUAUUCUAAUUGUCCUUCCCUUCAGUGGAGAUUAACUGGGCACCCAGUAUUAACUGUACAUGGUUAUGAGUGGAGGGGAAAGCAUCUAUUUUCAUUUUGAAACUGUUAACCCAUUACUAAAUCUAAGAUAGUGAUUUAAAGCCAUGAGGACAGGAUGAUCUGAUGAGAUGGGAAGAAAUCUGUGGUGGCUGAAACUCACUACCAACUUCCUAGCAGUUACCUAGGUCCGCUGCUGUGUCUAGUUUGCAAACCAUGUCUCCCUUAAUUAUACGUAGUAGCCCCACAGAAAAUUCUGUUUAAAAUGAAGACAAGAGUAGACUUUAUAUAUGUGUGUGUGUGUGUGUGUGUUUAUAUAUUCAAGGAGAGCCUUUAUAUACCUAAUACAUUACUGCCAGGCUCUGAAUUAGAUGUUUAGGGUCUGCAGAUGAAAUCAUCAGAGAAGGUGUCCGUAGCCUCAAAAUUUAAGGACAAUGGGGCUAUCAAAUAUCCUAAAUUAUAUUGACUCAGAGCUUAAAAGAAUAAUUAAAUAUCACGAGAAGAGCAAUCUCAAAGUGAGAAAAGGAAAAUUACCAAAGCAUGCUGAGGCUUUAAUGUGUGUGGGAGACUUCUGCGCAGGCACCGUUGCCUUAGAGAUCUCUAAAUUGACAAAGGAAAAUAAUUUGAUUAGCAUUGAUAUUGUAAAAGUUAUAAAAGGGACUCAUGUUUAUUCUCGGUGUAUUUGUCAACCUAUGGACAGUGAUUACUGUAUAUACAUUCUAUAGUGUGCUUAUUUCAUAGAUGUCACUGUUAGAGAUGAAUGUCUUAAUAUUAUUUACUACUUCUACUCACUUAUGUAUUAUUUAUACUUUACUGCAAGAUUCACAGCACUUUACUAAUAUUAGAUAAUUAUUUUCCUUACCUUUCUGUGGCAUUUUCUAUUUACAUCUUUUCCACUGGGGUUCUUUUCCUUAUUUUGGAACACUCA